AUGACCAGAAACAUAAUUGCUGGCGCGGCCGUGACUUUGAGCGGUGUGGCAAUCGUUCCCGCCUUGAUUUCCGCUCUGUUGCUGCUCAACGAGAUCAACACGUUCCAAAAUGAGGCGUACGAAGAUUUGGCCGAGUUCAAGGUGAUCAAAGGCUUCUUAAUCUAUAAAAUAUUUGGAAAAUGUUGCAGACAAUCGCCAACGACGCCUGGUCACAGAUGGUCCCAUCGACGGAGAUGACGUUCGCCUUCGACCGAUACCUGAGCCGCUCGAAGCGUGGCUACGACGACGCCGUCAGCGGCGGCAAGGCUUCUGCCGGUAACGGCCAGUGCAACUGCGGACCACAGCCAGACAACUGCCCCGCUGGACCUCCAGGACCUCCAGGAGAAGCUGGAGCACCCGGAGACGAUGGAGCUCAAGGAGCCCCAGGCAAGGACGGCGAGGCUGGCAGCGGACACAACGAGCCGACUUACGACAAGAACGUCAAGUGCCCACCAGGUCCAGCAGGACCACCAGGACCUGACGGCGAAGCGGGACCAGCUGGACCUGACGGCAAGAACGGCGAUGACGGCGCUCCAGGAAAAGACGGACAGCCUGGCGCCGAUGGAGCUCCAGGAGACGCCGGAAAGGCUGGAGAAUCUGGGCCUGCUGGAGAGAAGGGAGCCGAUGGCGCCAACGGCAAGAAGGGACACGGAGCACCAGGACCAGCCGGGCCUUCUGGAUCAGUGAGUCUUCCCAAAUAGUUUUUGUUCACAAGGUUUAUCUUUGAGGCUGGACCAGCUGGAAACGAUGGAGCAGCCGGAGAGCCAGGAGCCGACGGCAAGCCAGGAGCAGAAGGACCAGCUGGUAAAGACGGAAAGGACGGAGUGGCCGGUGCUCCAGGACAACCUGGAGGAGCUGGAGCCGUCGGAAACCCAGGCAGCGACGCUGCUUACUGCCCAUGCCCGCCACGUUCGCCAGCCGUCAGCGGCUACGGCGACGCUUCGCCAGCCGCCUCCCCACCAGAGACGACUGCCGCACCCGCCCACUCUGGCUACGUUGUUCGUCGUCGCGUCGUCAAGCGCGUCUACUAA